GCAAUAGUGGAGACUGAAGAGACGGUAGUGGUGCAGCCCAGCUUCUUCUUUCUCUUCCCGUCGUCGCUUUUACAGAGAGAGGCUCCGGCGACUCCGACCACUCGAGCACGAUCUCAGGGUCAAAGCAGGAGGCACACCUUUGAUGGCGCCCCUGGAGUCAGGCUCCUCACAACCCUUCUUCGACAGCAGUGCGAUCGACGGCCCGUUCGAUAUCUACGAGUGCGGUACCUUGGCAGGUACCAGAGUUGUGCCAGAUCCACCUCCAUUACCUGGAACUUCUUAUGGCAAGCAGAGAGCUUCCAGGAAAGCAAAAGAGACUCGUUGUGUUCAUGUCCCUGAGGAGGUCCAGGACUGCUGGAACAGGCUAUUCUUGGAAGGAUAUCAAGCCGAUGUCCGCGUGUCGACGGAUGAUGGGAGCGAGAUUUUAUCGCAUUCAUGCAUUCUUGGCAUCAGAUCUCCCGUUCUGAGAAGUAUGCUGGAAGAAGCUAGAGUGGAAGAUGGUUUCAGAAACAUCCUGAUUUCCGGUGUACCAUCUCAAGCAGUCCGUGUCUUCAUCAGAUUUCUGUAUUCUUCACGCUUUGAGCAGGAUGAGAUGAAGAAAUACGCCCUUCAUUUGCUCGUACUCUCUCAUGUUUACUCGGUACAAUCUCUGAAGAUCGUCUGUACCGACCAGCUCGAGAGGUUUUUUCUCGCUCCUGAUAACGCGGUGGACGUUCUACAACUUGCACGGCUAUGUGACGCACCAAGGCUCUCACUCAUCUGUACUCGUAUGAUCACUGGAGAUUUCAAGACCAUCUCUCUGUCAGAAGGGUGGAAAGUGAUGAGACGGGCCAACCCGAGCCUGGAGCAAGAGCUUCUUGAGUUUCUUGUUGAAGUGGACACAAGAAGGCAAGAAAGAGCUAAAAGGCUGGAGGAAAAGAAGGUUUAUCUUCAGCUGUAUGAAGCUAUGGAAGCUCUUGUUCAUAUAUGCCGAGACGGUUGUAGGACAAUUGGUCCCUGGGAUCAGAAACUGAAGGGCAGUCAGGCUGUUUGCAAGUUUCCUGCCUGCAAGGGCAUCGAGUUGCUGGUGCGCCAUUUCUCGGCAUGCAAAAUGCGGGUGCCGCGUGGCUGCGCCAACUGCAAGCGCAUGUGGCAGCUUCUUGAGCUGCAUUCGCGAAUGUGUUCCACACCAGGCACCUGCAGGGUUCCUCUGUGCAGGCAUUUUAAGGAUAAAAUGCGGCAUCGGAGCAAGAAAGAAGAAAUCAAAUGGGUCCUAUUGGUGUGUAAGGUCCUAGGGAGUAAAGGAACAAUUGAUUCCGUCCUAAAAGCGAGAAAAAUUUCACCCCUCAAGCCAAUUGGAGCUUGACGUGUAGUUCGACAGUAAUAACGUGAGCAGUGACAGUAAGUACAGGUGUGUAUCAUCUAGGUUUGAGUUGAGUUACAGAUGAUGGCGACUGCAGAAGGUGCUUUUGCCAUGGUCAAUGACUAUGCUGGCAGGGGGCUUGACAUUCUAGCUUGCACAUGGGAGGUGGUUAACAUGCGCUUCUACUGACCUCGCCUACCGCUGCUCUGUUGCUGCAAUCUCCUCGAUCUUGUCCUCGCCAACUAGGUAGCUCUGCAAUUCCAGUGGAAACGUGUUAAUGUUCAUGUGUUAGCGCAAGAGUACCUAGGCGAGUAGUCAGCCAACAUAUCAUUGAUUACUAUGGAGCAGAGAAGAUCAUUUACCGUUAUCCAUGACACUGAGUGAAGUAUGACAGCGGCGAACAUGAAGACUCCAUGACACUGAGUGAAGUAUGACAGCGGCGAACAUGAAGACGUAGAAGCAGACAGUGGCAAAGGUGCCGGUCGGGAGCAUCCAUGUGAGGUGGAGAACCACUAGUAGUGUCAGUCCAAGAAUCCCUAGGCGAGCAGUGAGCCUGCAUACCGCCUGCUCGAAGUUGGACUUGCCGUGCAGUCCACAUAAGAGCCCCACGCUAGCCAGCACCCAGAUCAAAGCGAAGCUCAGCACAAGGAUGAUCCUCUGUGUGUUGGUCAAGUUAUCUUUGCUCGCAGCGCGCUCCGCGGUGGAGGGCAAGAGGGAAAGGGAUCUGAAUAGGGAGAAGCCGAAUAGGCCGAUCACCUUCUCAACGCCAACUGAGUCAAGCUGCACAAUAGCGAAAACAUUACUGUUAUGCCACAUACCAUAUCAAAUUCUGUCAAGGGCCGAAAGCAAUACCAAUCAAUGAUAUAAAGCAAAGGGAGAGUUAAGAUAUC